AGGCCCAAUAUCCAAAAAGGAAGAAGAAAAAAAAGCAGUAAGGAAAGAAAGAAACGAAUAGUAGAAUUUGGAACUACAUAGAAACCCUUGCCCCGCCACGGUGAGACUUUCCGACCGCCACUUCACAGACUUGCUCCGCCACGGUGAGACUUUCCGACCGCCACUUCACAGACUUGCUCCGCCACGGUGAGACUUUCUCGUUUUCACACAUUAGAAGAUAGAAAUUGUGGUAUCCAGCAUGACUAAAGAACACGCGAAUUGGUCUCCAUAUGACAACAAUGGAGGAUCUUGUGUUGCAGUUGCCGGAUCAGAUUACUGUGUUAUUGCAGCAGAUACCAGAAUGUCCUCUGGUUACAACAUCCUCACUCGCGAUUACUCCAAAAUCUCCCACCUAGCUGACAAGUGUGUUAUGGCUUCUUCUGGUUUUCAAGCUGAUGUCAAGGCUUUGCAGAAGGUUUUGUCUGCUAGACAUUUGACGUAUCAGCAUCAACACAACAAGCAAAUGAGCUGCCCUGCAAUGGCUCAAUUGCUUUCAAACACACUUUAUUAUAAACGCUUCUUUCCUUAUUAUUCUUUCAAUGUGUUGGGCGGCCUUGACAGUGAAGGAAAGGGGUGCGUCUUCACAUAUGAUGCUGUUGGUUCCUACGAGAGAGUGGGAUAUAGCUCUCAGGGUUCUGGAUCCACUCUCAUUAUGCCUUUUCUUGAUAACCAACUCAAGUCCCCCAGCCCACUCCUUUUGCCUGCCCAGGAUGCUGUUACUCCACUGUCUGAAACAGAAGCAGUUGAUCUGGUCAAAACUGUUUUUGCAUCUGCAUCUGAGAGAGAUAUAUACACUGGGGAUAGGGUUGAAAUUGUCAUCCUAAAUGACAGUGGUAUUCAUCGUGAAUUCAUGGAGCUAAGGAAAGAUUGAAGUCUUUACACAGACGUUUGCACUUGAAUGUUUGGAGUGCUCCUAAAUUCUGAAUGUGGCCAGGGUUUUUACCAGCAAAAGACUGUGCUUGUUUACUUUAUAUCUGCAUUGGAUGUUAUCCGAGCCAUUUCUUAACUCUAUUCAAGUCUACUUCGUUGAAAAAUGAAUAGUAUAAAAUAUUUGGCUUAUGUUAAUGUUAUAUUAAGAAAUCAACUUCAGCUAGCUCUUCAGUGGUUUGUAAUUAGACAUAGUAAAGGAUAAGUAUACCAUGCAAAUUGCAAUUCCUAAUAUGUAAUGAAGAGUAUUACCAAGGCCUCAUCCAACAUUAUUUCAAAGCAUUAGUAUGGUAUUGGGGAGAUAGCAUCGAAGAUUUUAUUCAUGAUUAAUAAUAUUUAAUUCUACCUUUACCAUACAAUCAUUAUUUAAAAUUAUUAUAACUUGUGUUUAAUAUUGCAAAAGAAAAUUAUUAUGACAUGGCAAUCAUUUAUAUGUUAAUAAUUUUGUUUGUGCCACUUCAUCUUUUAUGACAUAUUAAAGGGCGAUUAUACUAAGGACUUGGUUA